UGAAAACCCUCUGAAUAGAGAAAGUGUUCAGUGAGAGGGAUGUUCUAUCAACAGAAGUAGAGCAGAAUAAGACUAUAUCUCAAGACUAUUUCAUUGUAGGUUUCCCCUAGCUUCCUCUAGAAGACGAAGCAAUCCAAAUACUGCCAAGAUCCUGGUGACCCCAACAUCUCUAAACUGCUAUUACAGAGGCUUCAUGUGGGCUAGGUUCAGACAAUGUAGAAGUUCUCUGGCAAGGCGGAUGUGCCCUCACGCAGCACCGAUCCACCCAGGCAUAUCUAAACUCUCUUAAAGUAUUUGGGGGUGUGAUGAUGGUGCACAGCUAGCUAACCUGUACCAAGAUGCCUGGCAAGAAAGACACCAAGAAGGAUGACAAAAAGACGGCUGUAAAACCUGAAUCUGAGAAAAAGAAAGGCAAGGGUGAUAAGAAAGGGGGAAAGGAUGAUAAGAAAGCUGCCAAGGAUGACAAGAAAGGAGUGAAAGAUGACAAGAAGGAAGGGAAGGUUGAUAAGAAAGGAGGGAAGGAUGACAAGAGAGGGAAGGAUAAGAAGGAAAAGGAUGAUAAAGGACGAAAGGAGGAAAAUAAGGGAGGGAAAGACAAAGGAAAGGGAAAGAAAGUAGAAUCAGAUGAGGAGGAGGAGGAAGAAGAAGAAGAUGAACUGGAUGUUGAAGAAGAGGAUGAGGGGUUGAGUGAAGAAGAAGAGGAGGAUGAUAGAAGAGGGCGGGGGCGAGGAGUUCGGAGGGUGGUGGCAAAGGGAAGGCAAAGGAGAGGUGUUGAAGACAUAGAAGUAGAUGAGGAGGAGGACGAAUAUGAUGAGGAGGAUGAGGAGGAGGAAGAGGAGGAUCCCAAAAAUAAAUCUAAAGACAGUUACCACCACCACCAUAAAGACGGGAUGUUUGAUCCCAAUCCCAAAAGCAAGAAAGUUACAAAGAGAGAGGAGACACCUCCACUUCCCAUUCGGGAAAUCCCAAAAAAAGGCCUGAAGAACAUGUCUCACAUGUUCCUGAAGUUUUCUGGCUUCAAGAGGCGAAGAAACAGCCGAAAGAAGCUCAAGAGCACCUCACGCUUGUUCCUCGGCCUGGGAAAGAGACGGAAACGACUGGCCAAGAAGAAGCGCCGCAAGUCUAUGCUGAAGAACACUUCCCGCUUCAUGAUGAGGUUCAAGGCCAGCAAGAAGAGAAAAAAGGAGGCCAAAGAGAAGGCAGCAAAUUAUGGGAAGAAACCCACCUACAUGUUGCUGCGCUUGGGUGGAGGUGGCAUCUCGUCUGAGAAAGGUGGCUUCUUCAAGGGCUUAUUUAGGAAGAAAAACAGCAACAUUGGCGGAUUCAAGAGCAGGAGUACUGUUCUGGGUCGAAUCGCAGCAGCAGCUAAAUGGCUGAACAAUCGUUUUAUUUUCCAUAAGAUGCGAGAGCAUACCGAGCAAUACCACUGGGAAGGGCACCGUGGGUACAGCCGCCGACGCCACCUUCGUGGCUACCCCAACCACGGCUAUGAGCAGUGGGAGGACCCACCUGGACGUGUCCAAAAUGGUUCCAGAUUCUUCAAUCAUGGGUAUGGCGGUCACGGUGAUGAGGUAGCUUACGGGGGCCAAGACCCUUACGGGUAUAUUUAUGACGGCACUGGGGUAGACUACCACAACUUGAGGUACUACGAAGAUGAGGGCAUAUACGAGCGCAAUGCUGAAUAUUACAUGCAAAGUCUUUAUGAUGAGGACACAGGGGCCUACUAUGACCCUCAUCUGAUUGCUCAAGGUCACUAUGACAACCAGGAACCAACCUUAUAUGACUACCAGCGACAACAACAGGCAAUGCCGUUGUACAAUGAAAUGGCUCUUGACUACUAUGUGCCAAUGGAUGAGGAUCAAAUAUAUCAUCAGGUACAGGUUAAUUAUAAUGAAAACGAGGAAGGCAUUAUCUAUGGCAAUGGGCAAGACGAUUAUUCUCAUAAAAUCCAACCACAUUACAAUAACAGUCAUGUGGGAGCUUUGGGAAUGCAAGAUGGAGCUCUGCCAUACCAUCAUGAUGUUGUGGGUGUGCCCUACCAAGACUACAACUCUCAGCAAAUGGUUGGUUUUCCCGGAGUAGGCCAACAGGUCUCUGGAGGGCAAGGCAUGGACGUACAGGGUUUCUAUGUGGACCAAUAUGCAGAUCAGAUGGAUCAGUAUGUGACUGAUACUUAUGGACUACAUGGGGGUGAGACAUUCCGAGUUCCCAGACCUCAAGUGCGCCUCUUUGGAAAAGAACGCCUUGAAGUACCGCUUCCCCCUCCACCUAAUCUUCCACCUGAUCCAGAAUUUGAAGACAUGUCUGAUAUCCAAUACGAAGACCACAUUCCUCUUGCGCCAGAGCAGCCCAUGGCCUCUUCUUCUUCGAUGGUAUCUAAAGCGCUGCAAAACCAGGCGGUCCGAGAUGCUUCCUAUGUGUCUCCCCUUCAAAGGCCUCAGUCCCUAUUUGCUCCACCUGGGCCUUCAUCUCCACUGCUUUCUGGAGCCAUAAGAGAUGGUCAGCAACCUGUUUCACCAGAUCUCGCUAAGGCACUAAAGAACCCUGCUCUACGUGAAGCAUCCUACUCCCUCCCUGACGGUACCAUCAUUGUUGACCCCCAAAAAAUUAAGUCCCCCAACCUCGCAGCAGCACUUCAAAACCCUUACCUAAAAUCGGCUUCUUACACGCUGCCAGAUGGCACUAUAAUCAUUGAUCCCCGGAAGCCUGUUUCUCCAAAUCUUGCUAACGCCCUUCAGAACACUGCCCUCAGGAAUGCUUCCUUUAACCUGCCCAAGGGAGUUCAGGACCCUAAUACGGCCAUACCGCCAGACUUAUUAAAGGCUCUUAAUAACCCAGCCUUGAAGGGAUCAACCCUCACCCUCCCUGAUGGAACCAUGAUUGUCGACUCAAGAAAACCAAAGAGUCCCACCCUGACUGCUGCCCUUCAGAACCCCUAUCUCAAGGAUGUAUCAUACACGCUGCCUGACGGAACCAUCAUCAUCGACCCGCGUAAGAUGAUCACUCCAGACUUGUCAAAAGCUCUUGCAAAUCAAUGCAUUCGGAAUGCUUCAUAUAAGCUCCCUGAUGAUUCCCUGGUUAUCCCUGGUCAGCAGCCUGUGACUCCAAACCUCACUGCUGCUUUGAGGAAGAACAUAGACCUUCGUUCAUCUGAUCUCUUCCACCUCCCUCAACACUCUGUUUUCACGGGGGCACCGAAACCUGACAGUCCAAACCUCUACUCUGCCCUGAAGAAUGACGGCCUGCGUGGGAUCUGCUACAGGCUACCAGAUGGUUCUGUCCUCACAAGACGGUUCCACAAUCCCAAUUUGGCCAACGCUAUCCAAAACCAGCAGCUUCGCUAUGCCUCCUACAGGCCCCCAACUGCUCUACAUGGCACAGAUAAUCGCUAUGCCCCAGUCCCACCCUACGGGCCACACUCGGGUCACUGGUCCCGAAAUGCCAGGGGCGGCGGUGAAAUCACAGAGGAUGUGUGGGCCUCCGAAAGAGUUUUACCUCAUGGCACAGUCCAGCAUCUGGCCAAGUGGUCCAUGUAUAGAGAGACAGGCGUCUUGGAUGGAUAUUUACCCACACCCAAUGUCGAGAACGGAGAGGUUCAGGAUCCAGAAUGGACUCCCGUCCGUGAGAGGGUUCCUGGACAGAGCUGGUAUGACAAGAUCUACUCUAUUCUAAGCAUGCCAACAACCAGCCACAGGGUGAAGCGCUGGGCCGAGGGCGUGGAGGACUUGACGCAACUGCCAGAACUGAAUGAAACCACCGUCCUGAUGAACCUCAAGAAACGCUACGACCAGGAGCUCAUUUAUACAUACAUCGGCAGCAUCCUGGUCUCCCUCAACCCGUACAAGAUUCUCAACAUUUAUGGCACGGACAUUUUACUCCAGUACGAGGGACAUGGCCUGAGCGACAACCCUCCUCAUCUUUUUGCCCUUGCUAAUCUUUCCUACACCAACAUGAUGGAUGCCAAAGACAACCAGUGUAUUGUGAUUAGUGGAGAAAGUGGGUCCGGGAAGACGGAAGCUACCAAACUGAUCAUGCGUUACUUGACAGCCGUACAUCACAAACGCAAUGUGACAAAACAGAUAGAGAUCCUGGAAGCCACUCCUCUGUUGGAGUCAUUUGGCAAUGCCAAAACGGUGCGCAAUGACAACUCGUCACGCUUUGGCAAAUUCAUGCAGAUCUGCAUAGAGGAGGGCGUAAUCAGCGGUGCCAUAACAUCUCAGUACCUGUUGGAGAAGUCCCGCAUUGUCUUUCAGGCCAAAUCGGAGAGAAACUACCACAUCUUCUAUGAGAUGCUGGCGGGCCUUCCUCCGCACGAGAAGCGGUCUCUGUAUCUGCAGGAUGCUGAAACCUACUACUAUCUAAAUCAGGGAGGGGAAUGCCAAAUUGUGGGCAAGGACGACGGCGAGGACUUCCGCCACCUCCUAAGUGCUAUGGAUAUCCUGCGCUUUAAUGGCGAGGAGCGAAAGGGCAUCUACCUGCUCCUGUCCUCCAUUCUCCAUCUCGGCAACAUCUACUUCCAGUCACACCAGGUUGGAGGUCAGGAGGUGGCGGCAGUGGUGAGCACUCAGGAGAUCCGAGUGGUUGCUGAGCUCCUACAGGUGUCACCCGAAGGCCUGCAGAAGUGUGUGACCUUCAAAGUCAUGGACACAGGACAUGAGAAGAUCUCCACUCCGCUCACAGUGGAGAGUGCAGCAGAUGCCAGAGAUGCCGUUGCCAAGAUCCUCUACUCGCUGGUCUUCAACUGGCUCAUAGAGCGUAUCAACGGACGGGUGUAUCCUCGCAAUGAGGUGCUCUUCAUCUCCAUAUUGGACAUUUAUGGAUUUGAGGAGCUGGAGAUGAACAGUUUUGAGCAGAUGUGUAUCAACUAUGCCAACGAAACUUUGCAGUUCUUUUUUAACAAAGUCAUCAUCCAGCAAGAGCAGGAGGAGUACAUCCGAGAACAGAUCGAGUGGCAGCAUCAGCCCUUCAGUUCUAACCAAGCCUGCUUGGACCUGAUCGCCGCAAAGCCUCAUGGGAUUCUCCGUAUACUUGAUGAUCAGUGUGGUUUCCCUCAGGCAACAGAUCACACGUUCCUGCAAAAGUGCCAUUAUCACCAUGGUAACAACCCACUAUAUGCCAAGCCAAAGAUGCCGCUGCCCGAGUUCACACUCAAGCAUUACGCCGGGAAAGUUACCUACCAGGUGAACAAGUUUCUGGACAAGAACUUCGACACGGUCCGCAAGGAUGUUGUGGAGCUGUUCAUCCACAGCAAAAACAGAAUGGUCUCGGACAUUUUCCUGAAGCAUUCCGAGGAGUUGUCCCUUCAUCGGUCCAGCGCACGGCGCAGCAGCACAGCUCGCCGCUUCCAGGCCAGCACAGUCAGCGCUAAGUUCCAGACCAGCUUGCAAGAGUUGAUGGAGAAGAUGGAGAGGUGUCACCCUUAUUUUGUGCGCUGUAUCAAGCCAAACCAGCAUAAAGAAGCUGCAAUGUUUGACACGGACCUGGUCUCAACGCAGCUGCGCUACUCUGGCAUCAUGGAGACCAUCCAGAUACGCAAGGAGGGGUAUCCCAUUCGACUGACAUUUCACAGCUUCCUGUCCAGGUACAAAGCGCUGCUCUGCUUGAAGGACCCGCCUAUGGCCGACCAAGAAAACUGCGUCAUCAUGCUGAGAAAGUUGGGACCUGUCAAGGUCAACUCCUACCAGCUGGGAGUCACUAAGAUCUUCCUGAAGGAGGAUCUGUAUCAGCUGCUAGAGGGUAAGCGCGACCGAGUGCUCAACAUCGCCGCCCUCACGCUACAGAGAUACGUGCGCAUGUACUUCAUACGCAAGAACUUUAUCAAGUUCCGACACUGCAUGACGCAGCUGCAGGCCAGAUGCAGAGGAUGCGUUGUCAGAAAGAAGUUUGCUCGGAGGAGGAAAUAUCUUGUCAAGUUACGUGCCAUGGUGCGAGUCAUCAUCAACCGGCAGCGGUAUAUGAGGACGGUGGUGAAGCCGGCGCGGAAGGCUGAGGAGGACCGCAUCAACCGAGAAGUGGUGAACGUGACCACACUCCCCAUCCCUGCUGAGUUGGCGGCGCUGCUUCAGGCAGCUUCAGGUGGUGCCGAGCUGCACUCGGACUGCCUGGUGCUGGUCCAAGCUCCCAAAGUUCAGGUUGAACCACAGUUGACCUUGCCCCUGGACAUCAACAACUACCUCAUGACUCAUUAUGUCCACGCCAUAUUUAGGGACCCAUACUUUGGGAUGCUGACAGCCCCUCUGGAAAACUCCUUGACCCGAAUGGAUCAGAACUUGAACCAAGGAGCCCUAAACAUCUUUGUCCUGAUUCUUCGCUUCAUGGGUGACCCGGAGCUGAACGGGGUUCAGGAGAACCUCUUCGGGAAUUACAUCAUCCAGAGAGGGCUUGCCAACGCCGAGCUCCGAGACGAGAUCUUGGCUCAAGUGGCCAAUCAGGUGUGGAGGAAUCCCAACAUGCUGAAUUGUGAGCGUGGUUGGCUCUUCUUGUCCUCGUGUUUGUCUACCUUCCUGCCUUCCCCAAGGCUGGCCAAGUACCUGCUCAAGUUUGUGUCAGACUAUGGGCCCGAUGGCUAUGAUUCUGUGUGUCAGCACACUCUACUGCAGGCCAUGCGGCGUCGCAGCGGCGGCCCAGAGUACACGCGUACCUACCCGCCAUGUCUGCUGGAGUGGACUGCCAACCGCAAGAGAGCACACACCCUACUCCAAGUGCACUUCUUUGAUGGUGUGUCUGUACUGUGUCCUGUGCACUCUUGGAGUACAGGGGAGAACAUGGCCAAAGACAUCUUGCAUCACAGGGGUGUGACGGAGGGCCAUCGAGGCUGGUCAGUGCUGCUCAAGGAGUCGGCACAGUGGGUGGAGCUUGAGGGCUCGGACUACGUCCUCGACCUUAUGUCAGAUCUGGAGCUGCCUGCCCAAUUCCCCAAGAACAGCAGCUACUUCAUCAUCUCUGCACAGGACCCGGGACGCAUACGAGCCAAUGCCAGCAUAAGUCUGCUGGGUGGCGGCUUUGAUGCCAAUGACGACCUCUUAUCGUCGACCAUCAUUACCCACGAUCUCUUCGGUAUCCAGGGUGAGUCAGAUAUCAUCUUCUCAGACCUGGAGCCUCAUCGAGGGAUGGAUCACUAUUUGGACAGCCUAUUUGACCCUGUACUGUCUGACGGGAGCACGGAAGUGGAUCCGGCUGUGCUGCUCUCCAGCAGGUUGAAGGGUCGUGGAGGGGUCGGAUGGCAAGACCAAAGACCUUCGGGUGGCCCCCCGCCUCCACCUGGCGCUGUGCGAGUCCUGCCCGUGGGAGAUGUGAUGUCACUUCCUGUGGCCACCGUGGCCCCCGUAACAGAUGCCCCGGCGAUCUCACAGACCUCUCCCAUCAGGAGCCCUCCCACAAGCACCGUACUCCAGCAUCCUCCAAGUCCAUACGCCACCGACAUUCCCCCGAGUCCCUACCCCAAUAUCCCACCCAGCCCCUAUGCCAACUUCAUACCGUCUCCCUAUGCCGGCGUGGGCCUGGCAUCUGGUCGCUACCCUGUGACGUCAGAGCCAGAGCUGGAGCCUCAAACGGAUAAUGUGUCAUUGAAAUGUUAUGCUCCUCAGGCUAUGUCUCGUGAUAGUAAAAAUGAUAGCGGUCCUCGGAGGAGAGCUCCUGGAAUUCCCAUCAACAAGGACAAACCCGCCAAAAAGUUUGCCCCAGUGGCAAUGGCUCCUUCUCCCCCUGAUGGUGAAGUUGUGAAGUGCUCGCCUCAGACUUCUGAGCAGAUUGUGCCCAGUCAUGAUAUUCAAGAAAUUAUUCGGCGGUACAACUCCCCACCUCCCUUGAUGGAGCCGCUGCCACCUGAAAAAAGGAGACCAGAGGGUAAAUUUAAGAAGAAGCAAACGCCUCGUGAUGAAGCUUUGCAGAUCUUAAAACCGCAGAUGGACAACCCUCCUGCUCCACAGGAGAGCACCUUCCAGCCUUACAAGAGCGCAAAGAGAAGAGCUCCACAUCGUCCGGUGCCAGUCCCUCCACCAGUUUCUCGAGAGCUUCCAGUGGAAACGGAGAUCAUCCAGACCACGCUGCACCAGAGGACCAACCAGGAACACUACACCUACACAAACGUCCCCUGGAAACUCUACCUUAGGAAAGAGGUCUUCUAUCCCAAAGACAGCUUCAAUAAUCCGCUGGUGUUGGACCUCAUUUUCAAACAGAUCGUCAACGACACCCUGUCAGAGGCGUGCGUCCGCAUCCGCCAGGAUGAAAGGCAGCGGAUGAAAGCUCUCUUUGAUGAACACAGGGUGCAGCAGAACACGGAUCCGGUUGAAGAACAUGUGAAGAAAACCAUCGUCACGGCCGCCAGGAACACCUGGGAAAUCUACUUCUCCCGACUCUUCCCAGCAUCAGGUAGCGUGGGAACAGGAGUGCACGUGUUGUCAGUUUCACAAAGUGGUAUCAAGCUGUUAAAGACGGUGAAAAGCAACGCCAGAGCUCCAGACUACUUCACAGUCCUGAGAGCAUACACUUACACAGACAUCCUGUUUGUGACCAUCCCCUCUGAGAACAUGUUGGAAUUCAACCUGAGCAACGAGAAGCUGAUCCUGUUCUCCGCCAAGGCGCCACAAGUGAAGCACCUGGUGGACACCUUUAUCGGCGAGAUCAAGAAGGAUUCUGUGUACGUGAUCGCGGAGCGCAACUUUGUCGCCGACCAGCGUGCCAUGCUCAACUUCCACAAGGGUGAUGUCAUCAGACUACAGGUGAAGGACUGCCUGGACAAAGGUUACAGUUACGGCUGCGUGGUGAGGAAGAAGGUGGUUUUCUUGGAGGAGCUCAAGAAGGACACACAAGACUUUGGUUGGAGGUUUGGCGCGGUGUUUGGUCGCUCUGGCGCCUUCCCAUCCGAGUGUGUCCAUCCCGUUGCUCCUCCUGACUUCCUGUCCCUGCCUUUGGACCGUAACGCAGAGCCCCGGGGGGGCACUGGGCAGUUUGCCGUGUCGUCGGCUGUGGCUGUGGCAGUGGCGUCCACCAUGGCCGCACAUGAGAUAGACCAGACUGUCGAAAGGAUUUCUCUGGAUUGCUUUGAUGGAGAAAUGGACGAGAGGACUUUGCAGGACAGUAAGUAUGACAUGCUGGAGUUUGCCAGGAAGUACUUCAGACAGGCUGCGACUGGGAGGGGGGACUCCCUGAAGAACAAGAACAAGAACAAGAACCGAGACUCCAGGGAACCCGAGGAAAUGAUCAAGUUCUCUAAGAUUCCCCUGAGAGAGUCCCUCAUAGAGUUCAUGGAUCCGGCCAUGAACCGAGUGGCAGUGGACCUUUUCCUCUCGGUUAUGCGCUUCAUGGGGGACUUGCCGUUAAAGGGGCUGACAGAGCAGGAAGUGGUCAGCAUCUUCCUCAAGCUGGUAGGAAAGUUCACCUUGUUGCGGGAUGAGGCCUACUGUCAGGUGGUCAAACAGAUCACAGCCAACACCAGCUCCAAACUUGACAGCUGCCAGCGAGGGUGGAGGCUACUAUACAUCUUGACAGCAUUCAGUCGCUGCUCUGAGGUCCUCAAGCCCUUCCUGCUCAGGUACCUGAUACUGGCCUCCCUCGGCGCCGGGGUGCAGUAUCAAGGAAUUGCUAAAGCGUGUGAACAGAAUCUGAAGAAAACUUUCCAAUACGGUGGCCGGACUGUUCCCCCCAACAACAUGGAGCUUAAAGCCAUGAUGGCAGGGAGAAGCUCGAAGCGUCAGCUGUUCCUCUUUCCGGGGGGCCUGGAGCACCACGUGAAGAUCAAAACGUGUUCUGUUUCCCUGGAGGUGAUAGAGGAGCUGUGCUCCGAGAUGGGUCUCGACAGGGUGGAGGCCAUCAAGGAGUACGCCAUCUUUUUGGUCACAGACGGUGGUCAGAACGUGCGUCCUCUCAACAAAUACGAGUACAUCCUGGACAUGGCCAAUGAAGCAGAACUGGUAGACAACAACUACAGCUUCUGGUUCCGACGUGUCAUCUGGACUCAGCCUCUCAAAUUUGACAACGAGCUCUACGUGGCCAUGCACUAUAACCAGAUCCUUCCGGACUACCGCAAAGGUCUCUUGAACGUUCUUGCGCCAGGAAAAGUUAGCGAUCAGCAGUUCCAUCAGAUCUCCAAGCUCGCUGCCUUGCAGCAUCGAGCCAAAGACAUCGUCUUCAUUCCCAGCAUACACGAGCUGUCAGAGUACAUUGCCGCGUCGCUCUUCAAAAAGCAGCCGCCGCAGCAGUGGCUUGCCAUGGUGACACAACACAUGCACCAAGUCCAGACCCUGAGCCCGCACCAGGCUCGAGCGCAGUUCAUGGGACUGGUAAGCGCGUUCCCCAUGUUUGGCUCGUCCUUCUUCUACAUCCACAGCAGCAGCUCUACCUCCUUCGAUGCCCCCUGUAUCGUUGCUGUCAAUCAAAACGGUCUUCAUUUCCUGCAUAAAAACACACAUGAGGCGAUGGCAGUGGUCCCCCUGGUGGAGGUGCAAUCCAGCCGCACACAGAGGCCCUCUGCCGGGGCCAGCUACCCGUACGUGGACCUGGUUCUGGGUGACAUGGACACGCAGCGGCUCAUCCAGCUGCAGCUAGAACAAGGCCUGGAGCUGUGUCGAGUGGUUGCCAUGCAGGUGGAGAACAUGAUUUCGGUCCGGGAGAAGCGACUCACCCUUCCCCCCAGCGAGAUCACCGUGUUAUAGUGAUCCGAGAGCCAAGGGCUGGUUAAAAUUUUGUGCUCAGAGGUAAAGUUUUAUGAAAUACACAGAUGGGCCAGGUCAUUUAAAAAAAAAAAAAAUGAAGGUAAAAAUAAAAAAUAAAAGUGGUAUUAGCCUUUUGUCAGGUGAAUUAAAACAAUUCCCUGCCGUUCUAGAAAAAGAAAACUAAGUAGUAAUAAUUCAGUUUAUUUUCUCACAUUAUGUCAUUGUAGUUCAAAUAGUUAUAAUAUACCAGAUGUUGAAUGGAAUACAUUUUUCACGUGUGUAUGCAUAUUUAUAUGAAAUAUUGUACUAUUGUAUGAUAGUGACUCACUAUAUUUUUACAUACCUGUAAUGUACAAUAUUUUACAUGACAUGCAUUUUGUAUGGAAUCAUGUUUUUCUUUUUUUAACCUACCAACUGUAAACAGUCACAUGUAAUUCAUAUGUUAUUUUAUUUAAAAAAACAACGAAGAAGAAAAUAAAAUUAGCUGUAACUCAGCACCCCUUUGUCAAAAUGUCAAGUAUUUGGUGCAUUGACGCCAAAAUUGUUUCUAUAUUUAGGACCGUAAUGCGCACCAAUGGUUAAUAUGCAUGGUUAAACAUGUAUCAUGUAAAAAGACAGGGAACGUGAAAUUUUAUUUUGGAACAAAAAAAAAAAAGAGUUUCGUCGGCCAGGGGAGUCCUAAAAUGGCCAUGACGUCUUCGUAUGACUUCCGCCCCAAGAUGGCAGUUCACCAGUGUGCAUGCGCAAAGACCCAGCAGGUUUAAACGAGUUUAUUUCCGUCGUCUUUUUUUCCCCCCUUGCCUCUACGAAGACGAGCGUCGGCUUUAGUUGUCUGUGUUUACCAGAGCUUGUUUGCAAACGGCGAGACUUGCCCCAGAGUAAAUCCGCCUGGAGACGACAUUAUUUGGGACAGAUAGCUGCGAUUUGUCUUGAGAUGUUGCGGUGUGGCUUUAUUACUGUCGCAUUUCCAAGCGGCGGUGGACACGGGGCGUCCAAGCCAGGCUAAGCUAAGGUACGUUGAAGUGACGACGUUGUCUUUAACUUGGC